CUUCCGGAAACACAUCUAAGCGUUAUGGGAUUUGCAGUUCUACUACCAGGUCGCUAUGGAAAUAAAGUGACAACAUCCAACUCAGCACUGCUCUCUGUCACAGCAUCUUCCUGAAGGCACAACAACAUCAAGUGCCUUGAGACAAUCCAUGAGAGAAAGAGUGCACGAUACUAAGGCUUGUCAAUAUGACACAUCUCUUAGGACGUCAGGACUGCGUUGAAAGUCUCCGGAGAGAUUUAAUAGAUCUUCAAGGUGCUGUUCUCGAUGUCUUCUCUCGGACAGGCCCAGUUCGAUUCCCCUCCUGGAAGUUCCCAGAUAAGCUUUCAUGCAAUCUGGACCUGGUGUCGCUAUUAGAACAAUACGACUUUGUUGAUGGGGAAGAGGAAUUCAAUCAGCAUUCACAUAUUGUUUUGCUGGAGUUGGUGAUUGACAGAUUGCUGCUCCUGCUGCAAAGUUUCAAUGCCCAUGCAGAGCAGUUGAAGUUAGGACAGAAGAGAGAACACAUUCAGCAAAAAAGUCCAUGUGUAUCAAUUGGCCUUGUAGUCAGACACUAUUGGAAUAACUUGAUCCAGGUUGGCAACCUGAGGGCGUGCACAAAGCAAGAUAUUCAAGAAGUGAUCAAAACUCCAAAAUGUGAGGAAAAUACAACUUUUUCUUCAGAAUCCUCACUUCUGAACACAAAAAGCGAUCUUUGUCCACAGUCUCCAUCAAUAGUGUCUCAGCACUGUACCUCAAGAACAGCAGCAAGCACUCCAUUGUGUCCUCCACAGAAAAUAUUAAAUGGCUCCCUCUCCUGUCCCACUCACAGAACAGCAAGCAGCAUCCCCUCCUGCCUUCCCCAUAUAUCCACGGACACUCGUAAUGUAAGUUGCCAGACAGUAGUGUCAUCCCUUGUCCCCUGUGAUGCCUGUGCUCAGGUCCAGUCCAGUUUGAGGGAGACUGGUGAUGCUCUUGUGGAGCUGUGUCGGAGUGAGGGCCUUCCCUCCUCUCUGCAGCGCCUUCUGGUGGCUGUGGAUGACACCCUGGAGCAGGGCCGUCUGACUGCAGGAGAUGUGUCCCAGUGGUCCGUAGAGCAGCGCAGGGACAUGGGCCGGAUGGGUAAGCAUCUGCUGGAGGUGCGGUCCACAGUGCAGCCUCUCAGAAACAGCCUUCAGGCAGCGGAAAGGGAACGGGAGGAGUUCAGGGCUCAGCUGGAUAGAGCACAAGAGGAACUGAAGCGUGAAAGGGAAACACACCAAGCCGGCAAAAAACAGCUGGAGCAAAAACUGCAGGAGGCCCAGGUAUCCAGGGAGGAGACAGAGAGGAGACUGCAGGAAGAACAUGAGGAGCUAAGGAGAGGCACUGUGUCCCUGGAGGAUAGCAACUCCAAACUGAAGGCAAGGAUUAGUUUGCAAAAAGAAAGGUUACACAAACUUGAGUGUGAGAGAGAUGAGCUACAUCAGGAAGUGAAGACCAUGCAGGUAGAGGAAGAGGCACGGAGUAAAUUAGAGGAGAAGACACAAGUGCUGGAGGCUCAACUGUCCACUACUCAGCUCUUACUUGACAAGGAGAAAUCCAAGUACCAGAAUGCUUGUCGCCAACAGGAGUCACUGCAGGCCAAGCAGAGGUCUCUGCUGGAGCGAGUGGAUGCUCUGGACCAGGAGUGUGAGGAGCUUCAGGAACAGUUGGGGAAGAGUGAGGACCGACAGACAGACCUACAGGAACGACUGACACACAUCUCAGAGGAGAAGGACCAACUUGAAACCCAGCUCACCCAAGAACAGGCCUUGUGUUCUGAGCUUCAGCAGGAGAAGCAGAGACUGGAGAGUCACGUGAGUGAGCUGAAAGACAGUGUGAAUCAGUUGAGAGGAGAAGUGCAGGAGUUAGCCCAGAGGGAGAGGCUGCUGGUGGCGUUCCCAGAGCUCAACCCCCUGCCUCAGGGAUCUCCACAGAGCACAGGGGAUGUGUUGGGGGAUAUGGAGCAACAGUUACAGGCUAACUAUGUUCGGAUUAGGGUUCUGGAGCAGGAGAAUAGCACCCUGCACAGUAGCCUGGUGAAACUGAGGGAUAGAGCCCAACGAGGGGCCUCCAUGGUGGAGUCCAAGAUUACCUGCCCCAGUAGCUGUGGAUUCACCCAGUCUCUGCCUGACACACCCAGCGAGAGCCAGCUAAAAUCCACCCCCUAUGUACAACACAGCCCUUUUCAGACCUCCAGUGCAGGAUUGUUGAAACAUGGAGUGAGGAAGAAGGGAGCAGAUGAAGGGGCCGUCCCUAUGGAGAUGAGGCCUCGGGAUCACUUGUCCACCGCUACCUCGUCACUCUCUGCCACCUCCACUACAUCUCUGGUGCACCAGCAGACCCUCCGGCUCUCCCCAGACACCAGUGCAGCCAGAACCUACACAAGGAUACGCCAGGCAUCCAGAACCCGCUCUGUUUGCAUGCACCAGAGGAAGAAGUGAAUCCAGCACUUGGUGAUCAACCUCAUGGUGACAAUUUUUGGAGCAUAACAAUGCUCAAAGAGGGGGGGGCUGAAGGAGGCUGUUGUUUCAAGUGUAUGUCAGGCAUCUCCAUAAGGAGACUGUGAUAAGACACAUAUGAUUUGGGCAGAGAAACAAUACAGCUAAGCUGUAGAGUUUAGGAUCGUUGUCAACAUUGAUCUGGCUAUUCACUAUUCACCUGAAAAUUAAUUUGCAAUCAUACACAAUACAACUGUG